AUACACACACAUAACCUCGCAGGCUCCACUCCCUUCACUUUUACGCUGUAGCAUCUGUCUUUUGCCAAAAAAAAAAAAAAAAAAAAAAAAAGGCACCUCACGUUUUAGGUGGAGAGGGUUUGGUUGCAGCGGAGGUUUAUGGCCGCGACACUAACGAUGAGCGGCGGCGGGCAGGAGGAACCCUUCUAUCCGCUGCUGAAGUCGACCCUGCCCGGCGGAUUCCCUUUGGAGGACUCGGCGUUAUUCGGCUUGGACUCCAAGAUCACAGAAACGGACCGGAGUGGACACAACGACUACACACAGGCGAAGUGUGAGCUGGACAGGUAUCUCUCCCCUCAGCCUCUCACCAUUCCACCACCUGGGGACAACCAGCAGAAAUCACACAGAGACAGUGCAUCUUCAGUGGAUCUGUUCUUUGGUGAUGAUCAAGCCGGGGCUCCCUACACCCUCAACAUGAAUCUUUACCUGCCUGAAGUGGCCUACCUGAGGAUGGGUUUGUGUCGGCAGGCGCGCCACCCUCAGCCGCAGAGCCACACAGGUCUCGCCCAAGUCAAGACAGAGUCCGCCACCCCGUCCUUCUCCCCCAACAUGCAGCCCCAGUGCCGCAACACCACCCCCACCAGUGCUGGCAGCACCUCUGGGCAUGGCAGCGGGGGUAUUGCUAUGGAAACGUCAGCCAUAAACAUGACAUUACCAGGGUUGCCGGACUUCAGUGUUUUCAACCAGUCGGGAAGUAGCCGUGGCACUGACUCGGUGUCACAGGUGUUUGUGAAACAGGAAAUGACGUCACAGUUUGAGCAGCAUUCUCUGCACCACCAUGACGACAGCGGCUCGUUGUUUCAGCUCCUAAACUCCGACUUGGACCAUCACCAUGGUAAUGGCAUGGAGGUGCAGCACCAUCAGCAGCAGCAGCAAAUACCACACACGGGCCCUUCACCUAUCCACACACCGUUCCAUGAUUUGUCAGUAGCUUCCUCCGCAUCUCAGCAAGAGCAGACCGCAAAGCCUGCCUACUGCGGUCUGAAUAGCGGGGCUUAUGCACACCCUCACGCUCACACACACACCCAUUUCCUUCAGCAGCAGGUGCCCUACCUGCCCCCCUCUCCGCCAAGCUCUGAACCGGGCAGUCCUGACAGGCAGAAGGAGCUGCUCCACACUUUGUCUCCUCCACCCUCCUAUGCAGCCACCAUCGCCUCCAAGCUGGCAGGUAGCACCCCUGGGCUCGGCCCUGGUCCCGGCCCAGGCCUAGCCCUGCCCCUGGCCACAGGUCCGACCGCAGUCCCAGGCCCAGCUGGAGGCCUCCCCCCUGCCUCCACCCCUACCCCAGCUCAGACCACCAUGCCUGUCCGCUACAACCGUAGGAACAACCCUGACUUGGAGAAAAGGCGGAUCCACCACUGUGAUUAUCCAGGCUGUAAGAAGGUCUACACCAAGUCCUCCCAUCUGAAAGCCCACCUCAGGACUCAUACUGGUGAGAAGCCGUACAGGUGCACGUGGGACGGCUGCGACUGGCGUUUCGCCCGCUCAGACGAGCUGACACGCCAUUACCGGAAGCACACAGGUGCCAAGCCCUUCCAGUGCGCCGUCUGCUCGCGCUCCUUCUCCCGCUCCGACCACCUCGCCCUGCACAUGAAGAGACACCAGAACUAACAGCGCUCGCAAAGACAAACACACACUAGGAGUAAACAAGCGCUGCCUUGUGCCAUGUCACCGGGCACACAAGCCUCAAAAAGCGCUACAUUACACCUUCCACCUGCCACACAGGCACACACAUACACACACACACGCACACACGCACACACACACACACACACACACACACACACACACACACACACACACACACAAAAUGUUACAAGCUGUGUCAUGCAAAGCAGCUUCCACUGACGCUGCAGCUCUUACUGGCACUGUGAUCAUGUGCUAAAAUGGCUGGGUGGCCCAAUAAACGUGUUGCUCUUAAUAAAGAGGGGAUCGUUUUGGAAGAUGGAAAAUGGGACGAUUUAAAUCCUGGUUCCCUAUCCGCCACCUAGGUGUAGAUUUGAUUUCCUCAGACAAAAAAUAAAUAAAAAUAAAAAAAAAUAAAACAAAGAACAAGAAAAUCAAACAAUAAAAAAAAAAAAAAAAAAAAAAUGGUAGCUCCAACUUUGGUUUCCAGCCUUUUAGGAUUGUCUAGUAUGACUGGAAUGAAAGCACUUACCACUCAAAACCUGUAAAGCUUUAGUCUCUGUUCUAACUUUUAGAACUGGCUUCAUGAUUGUGUUUUGUUUUGUCAUUAUUAUUAUUAUUUUUUUUAUAAAGGGGAAGCUCUUUUUUUUUUUUCAAAACUAGUAAAACCAAAUGUCUGUCUAUUUGUCGGUUUGUUUAUUUGUUAGUUGUUUGAUAUAACUGGAAGAUCCAGAGGUUUUAUGUUAUUUUAUUAUUUGAUUUUUUUUUUUUUUUUUUUUUUUUUUUAAACCAAUCCUUCGGUUUGCACUUGAAUUGGUCAAUUUGUCUGAGGCUUUUUGGCCCAGAGAUCUCAUUCACCACUGGAAAACCAUCACUACUGCCACUGGACUCAAAUCACUGAACACUACACAAAUCAUUGCUUUUUAGAUAUUAAAAAUUAAAGCCUUGAAUACUCCAGUGAGUGGAGAGACAGGGCAGGGAAAGAGAGAGAGAGAGAGAGAAAGCGAGAUGGAGAGAGAUUUCUGAUUUUAGAUUGAGAGAAGACCUGGGAAUGAUGGACAAAGAGAGGGGGGCUGGAUGGUUGCUAAAGAGCUGCAAUUAGAUGAUGAAUUAUUCAGUUUGUGUUUCGACGGCUGUUCAACCGGAGAAAAUGUCCGCCGAAGCCGUAGACAUAUUGUGGAGUUGAUGCAGAGUUAAACAGAAAUGACUGCAUUCGAUACCCAAGCCCAAAUCAAUGGUGGAGCAUCUGGAACACAUUGCUGUCUUAAAAAACAAGCUAAAUUUCUGUACAUCUGUCCAAAGUUUUUUAUUGCUUUCCAGUGUGUCUCAACCAAAGUAACGUCUCAUGUAUCAGCCGUCUUCAUCAUCAACUUAUUGUUUUAAGUGCCUCCAUCUCUGGUUUGAUCAAUGGUAGCAGAGAGCUGUGAUCAAUUUGGGCAGUUCUUUUUAACACAUGGUGCUGUUUUUGUUUUGUUUCUUUCUAAAGAUCAGUGUUGAUAUUCGGCCUGACUCAGUAAUAAUAAGCCACAAGGUCAUUUGUCAUCCAGGCCCACAGGAACUACAGUGUAACAGCUCGGCUCAUGUUGCCUCAUGGACACGAUUUUUUUUUUUUUUUAGCCAAGAGUCACUUCUUUCUUGGAGGGAUUUCGCCCUCCGGCUCUGUAACACAAAUAAUUUGCAACUUGGCAACAGCUACAUCAACUGAUCCGACGUGGACAGUCUUUUGUGCUUUUAUGCAUCGGUGUCCAUUUUGAUUGUUUGAUUUAGCCUGUGUCUAUAACUGUGUUUGUUCAUUCACUGCAGGUAGCCUAAAGAUAAUAUAGCACUGUAAUGUAUCAUGGUAAAUCUGACUAUUUAUUUGAUUGUGUAGAAGUGGGGUUGGAUCAGAUCAACCGUUUUCUCCCCAACUAAAAUGCCUUAAUGUAAAUAUAUGCACUGUAAAUAUCUAUUGAUUUUUUUUUUUCCUCUUUUGUUAUGAGUUUUGUUUUGUAAACAAAUGGGCAAAGAGAGGAACAUGCCCUGCAUCCAAAACUAUUUGAGCCUUUUAUUUGUUUUGUUUCCUUGUCAAAGAUAUUUUGAUGCCAUUGUUUUAUAUUGUCCUUCGAACAACCUAUUUUGUAGAUCUUGUUUUUUUUUUUUUUUUUUUUUUUUUUUUGUGGUAAACGUUCCAAAGACAAAAGUUGUUUUUUUUCUCUUCAACUGAGUGAAGCCAAUCCUAAUAAAGUCAACUGACACUUUUACA